AGUGAUAUUGUGACAAGCCUCCGUGUCGCCUGAGAUCAUUCUCGCUCGUCUUCAGUAUUGCAGACUACAAAACACGGAGGUCGAUGAAGUGACAAUAGACUCUAAUAAAUGACUUCUUCUUGACUUUGAUAUUAUUGACCAUGACGAUGACGUCAUCCUAGCAAAGAGCUGCUGCCGAGGUUGCGCAGCUACUGCGCACCUGCGGAAGGCGACGGACAACCGCUUCGGCACCGGACGACGGCUCUACAAUGCCGCCCAGGCACUCGUCAGGGAUGCUGCAUGUAAUUUCUAAAGUCAUGCCGCGUUUUCGUCGUUGUACCUUCUACACUUACAUAGUUUUCUUCGGACAUCAUGACUGGAGUAUGGAUCAGCAUGUGCCAUUGGACAAAAGCGAGCAAAGUCUGGAGAAGCUGAUCUCCUAUGCACCAGAUUUAAGGCUUCCGCAAAUUUAUCUUAUUAUAAGCGAAAGCGGCCACUAACUUCGACACCUUUUCAUGUUCUUUCAAGAGGAAAAAAGGUCAAGAAAGACGCGUCCAGCUAAGAUGAACAUUGAUUUAGGGGGAAGGUCUAACGGAUGCGCACAAAGAGCCUCCGAAUAUCGCGACGCCUAAUCAGAUAGAUGCAGAAAAGACUUUCGGUGCUGAUGUCCACAUGUCCUACCGCAUGCCUUUGUGCGGCAUGACCAAUUUGCACCAUCCAACCUCGUGUUCUCGCAAAAAGAACUGCGAUCCUCGAUGGCUUGAAGUGCGGCAAAUGGUUCAUCUAUUCCUAGAUCAGCCGUAUGGCCAUACAGCGGUAGCGGGGAUGAUACUUAAGGGGACAACAUUUAACUCGUAUCUACUAUUGUGUCAUAUGUGCAGGAGGUAGUCGAAAAUAGAUCUCCUGGAGGGGCACCGAAAGGAUACUGGUACAUAAAGAAAGGACUGCAAGAAGGACUUAUAGAAAGUAUUCAUUCAACAUCUGUGUCGCUCUAAGACUCGCCGUCGCUGGGAUUUCUCGAAUUGCGACUGCACCUGUGGAGCCUGUCAUACUUUCUUGAGUGAGUGUCCUCUGGGGCAUCUGACUACCAAAUGGAUGUCGUUUUUCGGCACGACUGCAGCGUUUCGCGCUUUGCUGGUGUACGGGAACGUUCUACAAAAAUCCGACGUGCAGAAAAUGGGUGCGGUGGAAGUACCAAUACAGGUAUGAAAAAGCACGGUUGAUGUGAUUAGAGCAUUGGUACAACAAGAAUACAUUUAACGGAAAUAGUAACUAAGGCUUUUGACCUCACUAGAAGAUUUCAUAUUAUCUCCAAGAAUGAACAUGAAUUGAAAGAAAAAGCUCGAGCCCAUUUGCUAGUCAACCUCCUUCUAUGUAUUUCGAAGAUGAAUUCCCACACCAGGACCACCCUCCUGAAAUGCAAAACCUGGGUUUUUUCCUGUUCUACAUUAAUUUAGCGGGGGCUCCGAGCAAGACGUGCCAGAGGAUGAAGAUGAGGGACUUGUUAGGCAGUUCGAUAUUGUCGAGGAUUAUGGCAGCAAUAUCCUCUUCAUGAUACGAGGAAACUGGGGAAGCUACAAUCUGAUGCAGUCGGGCUGGCCAGUUUACGACGUUUUGCUGCGAUUGACUAUGGCUUUGUCUUUAGCUUGGUCUUGAGUGUCUCACGAGCGGAAAGAUUUCAUCACUCGAAUGGGAUGAACGUGAAAAAAUUACCGAGCCUGGUGAACAAUAAACCUGUACAUCACGUCGACGACAAAGUAGGUGUAUUUGUCCCUUGUGUUGAUUGAGGAUGGGCAAACACUACCAACACAUCAUCCACUUUUCCAAGAGCCCUCUAAGCUCAGCCAUCAACUUACGGAAAUCGAUGGCUAUCCUUUGGAAAAUUAUAUACGGGGUGGCGCAGUCUCCCGUAUGCAGCUAGAAGAAGCAGAAGCGGCGCGAAACAGCGACAUAAUCGUGCCCGAGAUCACGCAUAAACAAACGCUAGAUGGCUGAGUUAAUCGUUAGACUUCUUCAAAUGUCUAUGUCUGGGAUGGAAUUAUUCGACCUCUUGCCAGGCACAUCAAUCAAUCAAUUCAAUGCACUAAUCAGAAGAAGAAGUCUGUCUUCUUACAUUUACAGUGAAAAGAUGAUAAAAAGUUGGUGUAGUGAUGGGUUUGGGUAACCUUUCACCACGCCCUCUUUAGAAAGUAGUGAAAAAAUCUUACCCGCUACUGAGAUACAGCUUGAGAUUAUUGCAAUUUGAGAAGAUUUUUCUUGGGUGGUUCGGUUUUCUCCGAGAAGUCGUUGAGGAGUCUCUUGCAGGAGGACUCGCAUCCGAAGCUCGAGGGUGGAAAACCCAAGCUCCAACAGUCGGAAGGGAAAAUGUUGGUUUUCAUGAAAGAGGACCAGGAGAUAAUCAUGGUACUGGUACUCAAGAAAUUGGUGAUAGAAGGAGUACUAGUGAAGGAGUUUGUUUUUGCGUUUUCCAGUUUUUUGCUUCUUCCUGUCGACAGCCGUCUUAGGUGGUAGUGUUACGUCUUACUGAAUAACUUCCUCCUCCUCACUCCAGUGCGUGCGCUUAUGAUUAGCCUACCUAAUUGCGGGGUAAGUGAAGUUAAACGUCCUACAAUCUAAUCCAAUCAUGAUCACUAUUUAUUGACAAUGGUGAUAAUUCUAGCUAGCCAGUGUUAGACUUCAUGAACAAAGCCAAGAUGAUAUUUCUCGCGAGCCAGUUGCGUUAGUGGAAGCCAAGAAAGGUCCUUCCUACAAUGUUGGCACAUGCAAGAAUCGCACACGACCAGUAAACUUCGUGUAAUCGCUCGAUAUCAAAGAUGGUUUUAGAUAGGGCAGAGCAUGCAGCAAUGUUGCAUCUGGGUUUUCGACAGCGUACAUCGAUCAGUAUACUAUAAUUUUGGUUCGGAGGAUACUUUUGAAUGCUUUUAAAGAAUGCAGCUGAUUCGAUGUCUCUACGAUCUCUGCGCUUCGUGUUAGCUAAGGCCUGCUGUUUUGAUUUCGGGUUUGCUAGUCGUAGUUGAUUUUUUAACUUUCAAACAAUUCAGUAGGAGGCUCAUCAGUAAAUCAAUCAUCUGUGUUGCGGCGUGUCAUACCCCUGCAGGUGUGCUGACUUGCUCACGGGGCCCCGCUGCGUCGGGUUGCGCCUUAGUUGUUCUGCAGGGGUCGAGUGUGCGGCUCCUCCGAUAUCGAUCCGUAGACUUGUGGCCGAUUGUGCGGUCUUAUGCGCCCCCAGUACGCAACUUGAAUGGCAAUAGUGGAACAUGUUAAUUGAUUGUUUGAAAGGGCGGCUGCAUAUAGUCUUAACGCAAAAAAAAAAAACUCUACGGAUGUUGCGAGCAGCACCAUGAGAGAUACACACAUGACAAGUACUUGGAAUCAGGAGAAGGGGGCGCAAAAAAUUGGCUUAUAGAAACGAGACCACCGUCAUAAUGGAACUUUUUAGAAGUCUACUUUCAACAU